AUGGCUAAGCCAUUUGCGAACGAUGAUGCAGACCUACAGGGACCCAUCGAGCAGGAUCUCAGCUCAGAUAAUCGAAACAGGGCCGUCGGCGAUUGUCGUAAGUGGUGGAGGUGGAGAAAUUCGAGAACCGCAAAUCGCACAGGCAACGCUAUCAGCAAAGCCGCACCAUAUCAAACGGAAGAUAACAGCCAAAAAUCGUUCAACGAUGUGCUGAGCGUUGGCAUUAUCUCACAUGAGCUAAACAAAAAACUGCAGGCCAAUCUUCCGGAGGAUAUGCGGAUUUCCAAAUUGCUCCGUCGGUUAUGUCAGGAAACGGACGUUAAGGUGUGUCGCGAUCUGUGCACCAAGCUCGGGGUAGUUAUCAUGGCAUGCAAUACUUCGUACAUUAGGAAAUCUUUCGAGAUACUGGCCGAUGGAAUCGUUUCGGUGCUUGAGAAUGGACCUCGUGAUAGUAUGGAAGCUGCGGCCGCAGUUUUCGGAAUGAUGGGAUUCGUGGCACGGACUGACUAUAAUGCGUACCAUGCCUGGAUAGUCAAGUACUACAAGCAAUCGAAGAAGAUGAAACGGGCCAUGAUGCUGGCGCUUCGAAAAACGGUCUCUCUGGAUGUUCACGGGGAUUUGAAGGAUUCCGCACCGCGGAUGAUGGAACUACUCAAAGAUUACCUGGAGGGUGCCGAUAUGGUCGAUGUAUUUUUGGCAAUCACAAGCGUUAUUAUGGAAAUGAGCACUCGAUAUCCGGAUUGCUUUAAGCAUUACUUUACGGAUAUUGUGGACAUUGUUGUCGGAUGGCACUUGGAAACGGAUCAAUUGUUGGAGGUUAAAAAUCAUUGUUCGCAGGUUCUGCAAACUUUCAAGGUAUUCUGGAACGAAGACCUGGACUUCACCGUAGGCCUGCUGGGUCAAUUUGUCGAAGACAUAGCCGCCUGUUGCGAAGACUUGGAAAACCCCGAAAAUCAACCGGACGCCAAUGGUUGGGACGAGCAGUUUGUGGCUUCGGCUAUUUCCUUCAGCUCCCUGCUGGAUGCAUACAAUACGGUUAUGAAAUGUCUGUUCAUCAGCCCCGAGGCGCUCAUCCAUGGCGCCGGGAAGGAACUAGUCGACAAUAGCUUCCAGCAGAUUGUGCGCGUAAGUGCCAUGGUGGCCCGGAGAGCGUGCCUCGAGGAAGUUCUCCUACCGAUCAAUGAAUGCCUAAUCGUGCUGUUGAUGUUGGACCCUUUGUCAACGACCGUUUCGAAUGAAGAGAUUUUUACGGUUAUUCAAACGGAAAUGCAACUUGUGGGAAACAUGAACCAACGUCAGCUUAAUAGCUUGAUGCUCGUUUUGUUACGCUAUGUGGAAUAUUAUUCAACCAAUCUGUCACCUGAAUUUCUGGAUCUUGUGUGGAAAUCUAAAACACCUUUCACUGAACUGCGUUUCCGGCAGUGCAACGAAAUUCAAGAAGGGUUACUUGCAUUGUACCACAAGAUUUUAGCCAUCAAGAAUGUGAAUAUUCUUCAACAAGCUUACAAAUUCAUACUUGACGAUUUGACGGAUGCCAUGAAUCAAUUGGAGAGAAAUGAAAACAUCAGACAAGCCGAAUAUACAAUCAACUUCAAUCUACUGACUCUAUCGACACUGGCCAUGGCAAACAAUUCCAUCCUAGUGAUGUGGACACUGCAACCUAGCAUUCUCGUGGUACUAUUGGACAAUCUACGUCUCCUCGAUUGUAAAGUUUGGGAAAAAUUGAGGCAACUGCAGUAUGCUGUUUUGCAUGUAGCAUAUCAGCAUUGUGUUCAGAAUAACAACUUUCUAACGUCAAGUACAUUGUUGCGUUCUAAGAACUAUUCGUUGAUGGGUUCGUUCAAUCGCCUCGGUCUGGAAGAUUCUUCGUCAUCAAGCAGUCCAACAGCCAAGCACUUUCAAACAAUUAUCGAGUUUCUGGCGCAAAUUUUCAACUCUGACAUUCCAUCGCAACAUCAAGAGUUACUUCUGGACUGGAGCCGGGCCAUAUUCGGCCAAGCUGCGCAGUAUUACGAUGUGCUGCUCGAAAACGACAGCUAUAGUGCCAUUCUGAAAAGUAUUUGCAGUCUUAGUGUUUGGGGAUCCGAAUCAUUGGUGAAGAAAUGUGGGGAAUGUUUGCAGUGGGUUAGCUCCUAUAAGGCUCUGCCAGUGGCCGCGUAUCACGAUAUAGCCGAAGUAUGCUGCGUUCAUAUGUGUGCUACCUGCAGUGAAAUCCGGGAAACUUUCUCGAGCAUUUUAGCCAAACUGCCGCUGCGCUUCUCACUAAAACAAGUAAGUCAAUUUUCCGGUAACAACAAAAACCGUAGCCAGCAAAUCUACGAGCUGCAGAACUGGUACGUGAACGCUGAAAACACCGGUGACAUACGGUCGCAGUACUUCCGUCAAUUUUUCGACCGUAUUGGCUUCAAUCGGAACGCGGAAUGUAUCGACGAUUUCCUGAAAGAGGUUUUCGUAAAGUCGUGGUUUGUGGACAAGGGUCGAAACGAAUCGUACGGUGAGAUGGCCAUCAAAGAUUUGCGCUGUCUCAUACCGUGGAUCCAGUGGGAAAUGGCACACUACUGUGUGAACAGCAAACUGCGGACCCCGAUCGGAAAACCAAAGGAAACGUUCCUCAAAAUUGAAUCGAUCAUCAAAGAAGAGGCCCGUGUUCUUGCGCUGAAAGAGCGAUCCACCGUAAGAGAUCUCAAGGCAUCGAUGGCCAAUCAGCGUAAUGCUCGCAUUCUCUUAGGAUUUUUGGAAUCGUUGGAAAAAUCCAUUUACAACGCAGCCGAAGGAACGGCAUUUGCAUUACCUAAUCCGGAAAAGCCGGCGAGGACGUUCUUCCGGGUUAAUUUUUCGACCUGUGCCGCGUGGUUCAACAACAUUCGGACGGCCGUAGAUCUGGUCGCCCUCCACUGUAUGGAACCGGAGAUGGUGAUCCGUUAUUCGGAAGCUGUGCUCAAGGAGCUUGUCGUAGCCGAUAAGUGCUCCGAUCCGAUAUUCGAACAUACCCUCAUGUCCUUGGUCUGGGCCUUGUUGCGUAACUGGGAAAGCGAUGCACUGUGUGGCGUGUACGUUUGGGCGAAGAAAAUUACCGGCAGAAAAUAUGCUUGGAUUAAAAUGGCAGCAGAGGAAGCCGCUGGCCAUCGGGAAACCUCCGUGGAUGGAUUCUUCGCUAUUCUGGCUGAUUCGGAAUCGACCAAUCUGGAUCCGCACAUUCGUGAUUUCAUCGUCGAUCAAAUAAUUCUGAAUUUGAUCUUUACCGAGCGUUAUUACGAGCUGUACGAAUUUCUGAUUGCAGAAGAACAAAGCGGCCGACAGCGGGCUACGAUUCCACUGUUGACGUUCACAUCGGAUCAGAUAAAAUGUUGGAUUGAGUAUUACCAGCAUCGGGACAGAAACGUGAUCGAAAUGUCCUCCUGGGACUUGGCCGAUUUGGGCACCGACAUCGGGAACAACUUUUCCAGUCACAAAAUUAUGAGCCAGGUGGAAAAUUCGAUUGCUUUCACACUGUUGGCGAAUGAUUCCGACGAAGAGAAGCAGAAGAAGCUCACCAUUUGCCAGGAGAUCAUUCACAGCGAGCUGCAGGACUGUCUGCUGACCCGCUCGAAGGAGUUUUUGUUCCAGCUGACGAUAUCGAAUCACAUUGCACACAUCGCCAGCACCGGUCAGUAUACGAUGGAAAAUCUGAAAUCGCUCCAGGUGGAGAAGUUUUAUGGUUCAUUGUCGAUGAUGAGAAUUCUUUCCUGGUCGGAAUUUAUGGAUGAGAAUGCGUAUGGAAAGCAUCACAACGUGGAAAUGCGCUUGGAUUUGGUUUCAGUCGCGCGGAAGGAAAACAAUUAUGGACUGUGCAGACGAGAGCUGGGGAUAUUUUAUAAAAACUCGGAUCUGGCGGAAGCAUUGGCCCAUGUGUAUCCGAUGCAGUUGGAAGAUAUCGAUGCAGUUCAGGCGCAGCUAAUGAAUUCCGAUUUGGAUCGUGCCAUUUGGAGUGAAAGUCUCUCGAGGGCUGUUUAUGAACAGUGCAAGUGGAUAUAUUGCCAGCCGAAUCGUAAACAGGAAGCCAUCCAGUUUGCCUCUGUUGCUGUUCUUAGACUGGGAGAAAGACUAGAAGAGCUGGAUGGGUUGGAAGGCAAUGUCGGCGAUUCUGGCUUGCAAGAAAGACAGACACGUUUUUUGCUAACGAUUGCGGAUUGGAUUCAGAAUGAGGAUUCAAAGAUUUUAACGACAAAAUCUCCAUUAACGUCGUUGAUUGGAACCUUGCCGGAUGUUAAACCCGCUCCUGAUCCCAGGAUGGUAACGAUCUUUUCCUCUAUGGAUAUUGAUGUUGGAAAACUACUUCAGGCCGGUGUUCAGCGUUGUCCUACGCUGGCAAAGGCUUGGUGUCAUUUCGGAUCGUGGUGUUAUCGUUGGGGCAAAAAGAUGGUCGAAUUCAAUACUGAGGGUAACACUGUGCACAAAAUCAACUUGGAAGAAAUUCGUAAAAUUUUACCGGGAACAUCAGCGGAUGAUUUGCAGAAGAUUGCCGUUAUUUUGAACCAACAUGAGGUAAUUUCGGAAGACGACGAAAUCGGACUCAACGAAACAAGUUCCACUGAUUUGUUGGAGUCACUUCAGUCAACGGUGCCGGAUCUGUGCAAAUGCCCUCCGGAAAAGCUUCAGCAGAUUGUUGAAAUUUGGCGCCAGACGCACCGAACUGUUUACGGAUACUACGAAGCGGCAGCGUCGUCCUACUUCAAGUUCCUGCAGCUGUCAUCUUCGCUUGAAAUGGAAAGCGAGUACGGAAAUUCUUCCACCGUUACAGCUACGCUUCGUUUGUUGCGUUUAAUCGUGAAACACGCUCUGGGAUUGAAAGAAGUGCUCGAAGAAGGUCUUUCUACUACCCCAACUAAUCCUUGGAGAGUCAUUACACCACAACUUUUUUCUCGUCUCAAUCAUCAUGAACCAUAUGUUAGAAAACGUGUAUCAGAGCUUUUGUGUCGUGUUGCCAAAGACGCCCCCCAUCUUAUCAUAUUCCCAGCCGUCGUCGGCUCCGUACAGGAGCGCAAAAUGGACAUUGCGGACAUCGCUAUUGGUGAUUUAAUUGAUGGCGACACACAACAGCAGAAAUCUUUAGAUGAUUCUUCAGGUUUGGCAGUUUGCUUCAAUGCUCUUCUGAGCAUUCUUUCUCGCGAUUCUCCAGAAACUGUAAAGCAGGUUCAAAUAUUGGUUCACGAACUUCGCCGCAUUUCUCUGCUUUGGGACGAACUGUGGGUAAUUUCACUUCAGCAAAUUUAUUCCGAAUACAACAAACGCUUCUCAAGUUUUGAAAGUGAACUUCAGAAAAUCCAAGAAAGUAAUCAACUCGAACAGAAACGGACUCUUUUCAUUGAGAAGCACAAAUUGCUGCUGCGUCCUUUGAUUUUUGUGCUGGAGCAGUUACACGAAAUGACAUCUCGCAAUCCAGAAACCAACCACGAAAAACACUUCCAAGACAGAUACUUAAAAUACAUCAGCGGUAUGAUAGACAAACUGAAAGAGCCGCUAGACUUCAAGAAACCCAUGGAUGGUUGGGCUCGUUUCAAAACUCUGUUCUUCCAACUUCAACAACGCAGUCAAAAACGUAUUGCAUUCUCCUUACGUCUCUCGGACAUUAGCCCAAUACUUGCGAAAUUAUCCAACACAGCCAUCUCUAUGCCAGGUAUCGAGAGUAAUCAGAAUCAGCAAAUUUUCAUCCGUUCGGUUGACAACUUGGUGCAGAUACUUCCCACCAAAACUAAACCCAAGAAGAUGAUGUUCUACGGAAGCAACGGGCGACGCUAUAGCUAUCUGUUCAAAGGUCUGGAGGACUUGCACCUGGAUGAACGCAUCAUGCAAUUCCUCUCCAUAGCCAAUCUAAUGAUGACCAAAUCGAUCGACUGUACUGGGAACGUGACGUACUACCGGGCUGAGCAUUAUUCGGUUAUUCCGCUGGGACCACGUUCCGGCUUGAUCAAUUGGGUCGAUAACACUGUUCCCAUUUUUUCGCUUUACAAAAAGUGGCAACAGCGCGAAGCCCAACAGAAAAAGGACAAACCGGGAGUCGUUAGCAGACCUUCGGAGCUCUAUUACCAGAAACUAACUCCUAUUCUGCAAAAACACGGCAUCAAAACGAACGACAAUCGGAAAGAUUGGCCGGUGCCGGCACUGAAACAGGUGCUGCACGAGCUACAAGCCGAAACUCCGCGAGAUCUCCUGGCCAAGGAGUUGUGGUGUCACAGUACAACGGCCGCCUCCUGGCGUCAGGUCAUUCGAACCUACUCGCUUUCGGUGGCCGUGAUGAGUGUUAUCGGGUACAUCAUCGGCCUUGGAGAUCGGCAUCUCGAUAAUGUGCUCAUCAAGUUGGCCUCCGGUGAGAUAGUGCAUAUCGAUUACAAUGUGUGCUUCGAAAAGGGUAAAACCCUGCGCGUUCCGGAAAAGGUACCCUUCCGGAUGACGCCCAAUCUCGAGGAGGCGCUCGGCAUCACUGGAAUAGAGGGAACCUUCCGUCUGGCAUGCGAGCACGUGUUGAAGUCACUUAAAAAAGGGCGUGAAACCCUGCUCACGUUGCUGGAAGCGUUCGUGUACGAUCCGCUGGUGGACUGGGCCGUCAGCGAGGAUGGCGCUGCGGGUGCUGGCUUUGCCGUGUCCACCUACGGCAAUCGGGAGGGUUUCAACAGCGAGCUGCGCCAAGCAAAACGGCAACUGGAACGGGAGGUUAACCGGGAUACACUGGCUAUACGCUUUUCGGAGAUCAAAACCGAGUGGAGCCACAAUCGGGACAACAUCUACCAACAGCUGCUGUUGAUGCAAACGUUCCUGCGGGAGUUGCUCGGAAGUCGAACUGAACUGAGAGAUGCCGAACUGCAGCGGGACUCACUUUCGCGCCAGAUUCAGAUGAUUGGCGAAGCCGAAUCGUUGGAUUCGGCCAUCGGAAGCCACCCGUUGAACACUUUGUCUCAACGUUACGGCGUCUACAAGAAGAUCGUUGAAGAUCAGGAGUCGAUAAGAAGAGUUUUGGUUGAUAAAGCUUUGGGAUGCGACAAAAGGCUGGAAAAUUAUAAAAACUUCCAGCAAGAUCUUACCAAUGGGAAACUGCAGGAAUACCUGGGUGGUAUUAGCGUUUUUGGUGUGGAAAAUUUUUCGCAGUCGGAGUUUGAGCAAGUGCAAGAUUUCUUGGAGUGUUCAAAUCUUCAUGAAACAUUCGUCAAAGCAAAUGGUUUGAGGCGGGAGGUUAAUGAGCACGCGUUUCAUGCAACUGUUCUGUUGAAGCAUGUUAUGGACACACUUUGUCAUUACGGCGAAAUCAUCCGGUACUAUCCGAACGAUUACGAGCAAAACUUUAAGGAUUACAAAUAUACCAGGUGGUGUAAGACGUUACUGGAACAAAAUUCGCAGCAAGCGUGCCAGGAGGUUCUACGAAGCUAUCAGCAUUAUCUGCAUUCCGUCAAUCAACAGACUACCGAUCAGCAAAAGAACAUUGCUUUCUCCUAUCAAUUGUCGAAUUUAAUCUCGGAGUGUGGUUUCAAACUGUCAGAGCUAAUGGGGUACAGAUCCCAGGAACUCAGCGAGACAACCGUGCCCUUAGACCAGGUUUACGAAGAUGCACUCUCCGCGAUCAACUCUAUUGCUUACGGUGGUAAUCCGAAUCACAAUGGACAAGCAACGACUCUGGUUUGUGCAGGUCUCCAGCUAUGUUGCACUCUGAGCCAAAACUAUCUUCUGAUGGAGCAGACUGCUUCCACUGCCGGAGAUUCGCUGGUAGAGCUUCAAAUAAACAACAACUGGUUCCUGACGGAAUUCUAUAUGGCCGGUGCUCAACUGAACACCAUGUCGCAAAUUCUAUUCGAAAACAAAAGCGUCCACUUCAGCUCAAAAACACCGAAUCCGGACAUGUUCGACAAAGGCCUCAAGUGUCUCACGCAAUGUGUGGCUAUCUACGAACAUUUACACCACAUGAAUGAGUUCAUUGCUCAGGACUUUCUGACAGACACGAUGCGAGGAAUCGUUUCCGAGAAUCAGUCCAUCAUCGAGAUGAUUUCUUCGGUGUCCAAUCUUCAGGCAGACAUAACACCCCUCGGAGAGCUGCUGAACGAGCUGAACCAGCACAUGCAGUGCGUCGUGAUGAGUAUUCCUUCAGCCCACGGACAGUCGCUGGAGGUCGUGGAGGAGCUGAAACGGAAGGUUUACUCCCUCGGUGAACGGUAUCAACUGCAAGCGACAGCAACGGAUGGCGCACGUUUGUAUUUGAAAUUGCACUCCCUUUUUAGUGAACUGUUGAGCAAACAUGCCGAUAUGAUGCAGACAAUCUACGGCGAGAUACUUGACUGCAGUGAGCUGGAUGUGGUUGAUCAUGUUAAAAACUCCAAGGAUUUGGCGGUUCUGAUUUUCCACCAAUCGACGAACAAAGUGCUGGAAGCGAUUUUCGUUGUCAAACGUGUUCAGGUGAUGAUUGAGUUUUUCACAUCCUGCCUACAGAUGGCCUGCGCCUUCAAGGGCACCGGUUUGGCCACACAGCUAACCGGGAAUUCUCUGGUGUGGCCGAUUCGAAGGUUCAUUGCUGACUUUGUGUAUCAUUCGAUGUUAGGAGUCGGUCCAACAGCCGCAGGGAUCGUCAUCUGUGGUGCUCUCAAACGUUUUAACUCUCAAGCAUUGGCGUUGCAGAAUUGUCAGACCAAUGAAAAGGGACAAAUAAUUCUGUCCGAUUUGUGCAACAGCCACAUGGAGCAGAUGGUAUCGAAUGCCCGUGUAAGCAUACUAGAGUUCAACCAAAUAAAUACUGCCUGUCAACACUUGAGCUUUACGUGGCUGAAAAUUAUGCGGGUAAAGCUGCUUUCGGAUCGCAUAAUCACCGAACAAACAGUUCUGAAUCGGCUACAGACGGUCUACGUCGCCCAUAGCUGGUUGCAUAAAAUAUCGAAUCAAAUAAUUCCGGCAGUUGCCAGUGUACCGCAGCAGAUUGAUUUGAACAUCUAUAGCAACCAAUCUACAGUUCUUUUGCAACUGAAAGGCUUUGUAGAUUCAAUGAGUUCAGCGAAAAGCACAAUCCGUCUUCUAUUGGACGAGAUAGUGACCAAUACGAAUGCCAUCUUGCAUCGCUUGAAGUGGGCAGCUGGUGCAAAUCCAGAGCUUGUCAUAUUGCUCAAAUCUUUCGAGCAGAGUUCAAUGACGAAACGGGAUUCGUUGAAUGAACUUAUGCUGUACUUAGAUGUUACACUUCAACACUGCAACUCGAUCCUCGCUCAUGACAUACCGAACUUGCAAAUGCACUGCGAACCUCGCCAGGAUGAGGAUUUCAUAGCUCUGAUCGAACGCUAUAAAAAAGCGUGCACCAAACUGCAGUCGUGCUCAGCGAUGGUGAAUCCAACAGAAGUGGCACUUGUUGAGUUGCUUGAUCCCGAGGGACAGAUUGAUCACAUAUGGUUGAGCAACGUUAAAGCCCUGAUCGAAGAUAUGACCGAACAGGUGCAUAACAAAAUCGUUCGUACGGAAAAACAAGUACGCAACGCACAGGACAAUCUGCACAUGAGUGCCCACAAGCUUAGAACGUUUAUCAGCACUCACCACGUGUUGGCGUCGGAUAUCAGAAAUUUGCUCAAAAUGAGAUUGAAGAUGGAGUCAUCGCCUGCACUGCGCGAAUAUCUAGUCAACUACAAAGCCUUCCUUGAGAGUAUAUCUGACCUCCACGCGAAUGUUUCGAGCAAAGAUUUCACCGAUGAAAUGGUUCAAAAUGCCGUCGAACAGGUUCAGAGCGGCGUUACUAGUGUCCACCGAAUAUUCGAUCAACUUUUUACUUUUGAUCACAACACCGAACUUAAAUUGGAAGACUUAAACGACCCUGGUGCUGAUGGUUCCGAUAGGCUUAGUGCGGAGAUGAUUGAUUCUCCAUUCAAAAAAUACUCUAUCGAUGGAAAACCAAACAAGGCACAACAAACACAGAAAGAGCAAAAGCGUAACGCGUAUGCCGUUUCCGUGUGGCGCCGUAUCCGGAUGAAGCUGGAAGGCCGCGAUCCGGAUCCCAACCGGCGCUGCACCGUCCAGGAGCAGGUGGAUUGGAUGAUCCGCGAAGCCAUGGACGCGGACAAUCUGGCCGUCUUGUACGAGGGUUGGACCGCUUGGGUAUAAUUAGAGGAAAGGUAACAAACAAAUGGUGGAAUCAAAAUUCUGGAACGUCAACAGCAUUGUCAAAUCUGUGCAGUAGUGGGCUGGGAAGUGUACACGGAAUCGGAAGCAGAUAUGAGCAAUAGAUCUGUUCCGGUCUGUGCAGUACCAGUUCCGCAAAAAUAAUUCCCAUCACGAACAGCGAAAGGGUUGUUCCGGACGACGACGAUGAUGCCACCAGGGUAGGACACAUGGAGUACGGUAGCCUUGGUGGCAGAACUGCAAGCGCCACUCGCAGUUAUUGUCGUCCGGUUUGUGACAUUUUCUGGCACAAAAUGAUCGUUCGCCCGUCCGCUCAUAAUCUCAUCCAUCAAGCGUUCGUGAUUCAUUUAUAAAAAAAACACACACAAGUUCCCUGUCAGGUCUGUCUUACUUCGAAAUCAUUGUGUUGAAAUGUGAGAAAACCAUACUCAUAUGGUUUUGGGUAUCCACAUUUGACGAUUCAACAAAACAAAAAAAUCAUCGGUAUCAUGCAUACAGAAAUUGACAUAAGAAACAAACUUCUAGAAAUUACACUAAUAAAUCAACAGAGAAAAGAGA